AUGUCAGACUCGCAUCGCCGCCGUAGCAAGAAGGACCCGGACCGCGAGCGCAGUACCCCUCGCACCAAGGACAAGGAUAGAGAUCGCGACCGGGAGCGCCAUAAGAGCAGCAGGUCCCGCAAGACCCGCUCGUCGGCGUCCAAGGAAGACGACGAAAACCCACCAUCCAGGCGCCAGUCGACGGACCGUGUGCGCAAUUCGACAUCGACGUCGACAUUGACAUCGUCGCAGGCCUCAAAGUCGUCGCACAAGAUGGCAGUCGUGCCCGAGAUGGGACGCCGCGGCUCGUUGGGCUCCGAGAACACGUCGCGCAUCAGUUUGCCCUACCCUUCGCAUUCCAAGACAUAUGCGAAAGAGAGCAUAUAUUCCCGGGACGGUGUAGAGAGGAGAAAGUCGACCUUGACUCCGGAUGCCACAGAUGGCGAGGCAUCACCAGGAAGGGACGAUGAGCGACCAGUCGCACCACAUCCCCCCAGCCGAGCACCACCCCCACCACCGCCGCGCGCACCGCCGAGUCCUCCGCUCACUGCCACCACGGGCGCAGAUCUUAGGAAGGCCGCCAGUGCGAACAGCAUGCGAAGAAAGGAUCCAGACAUGAUUGCCAGAGAGAUGGAGGAGGGCCGCCAAAGCGUAGACAGCGGUACGCGCAUGACUUCCACGGCGGGCCCGCGGAUUGCCUCGCGCUCCAGCAUCAGGGACGAGGACACAUUCGACGGCACCGACCUCACCUCAACCACCGGAUCGCAGCCAAGCACCAUUCGCGCCAAGUCGCCCCCACCAACGACGAGAACGCGAACUGUGAGCCCAUCCCACGUACGGCCCUCAAGUAGGACGUCAGUUCCAGGUAGAACAUCAACACCCGGCAGGACGUCAACACCCGUCAAAAUGAAGACGAGAGCACCCUCAGAGUACACACUCGACUCAGAAGCAACUUCAGUACUACAGGAUCGCAACUCUCACCAUCGUCGGAGUCAAUCACCCCCGCGUUCUGAUGUCUCACCAUCCUCUGUCAACGAUUCGUCACCACGGACACCUACCCAACACUCGGUCCUUCCCUCCAACGUAUCGUCUCUCAAGGAUGGACCACCUGUCAUCGAAGUCAUGACGGACCCUAUGUCGCGUACACAAUCGGUAGACCCCAGCUACGCUCAGUCGCCCAUGACCCCUCCGCCUCCGCCUCCUCCUCCGGCCAUGAUGGAAGCUCCUCGAGUCGAUUAUCUCCUUCAGAACGGCGGUUUAGCCAAAGCCAUUCCACGGAGUUUACUGGCCGCUAUUGAUGGAGUUCCAGCCUCCGCUUACUCUCAGUAUACCACACCAAGGCUAUCUGGAGCACAAGCCCACGAUGUACGAUCUUUCUUCAAGCCUCUGCAGAAUGUUCUCAACAGUUACAAUACCGUCAUGGACACAAGCGGAUCGUUGGCGGUAGCUACUGGUUAUCGUUCGGUUGCGCGACGUCUUCUCGAUCGCCUUGAAAAUGUGUUUGCUCGUAACAUAUCCUCGGAGCACUGCGCAUGCAUGAUGUGCUUCGAGCAAUCGGUCGUGGAAGAUUCUGCGGGCAUUAAUUGGGGAGAAGUUUUAGAAUUAAUAUCCGGACGUUGCGAAUUGCCGACUUGGCCACCUUACGAGGAAGGUCCCGGACCUGGACUAGGCAUAUCGUCGGAUCUGGAAGCACCAUGCCAACGCAUCGACGUCGAUGUACCCGAACAGUAUCGCGAGCACUACGAGAAGCAGUCAAAGAAGACCAAGGUCGCGGUUCAAUCUUGGCUAUCAGACCAACAAGACGGUGUCCCCGAAGAUGCCGACGACGAGACUCUGACGUUCAUCAUGCUCACCCGCCUAGAACAGCCUCAACGCCCGCUCUUCUAUGCACUAUUGUGGGGACUAGAAAAACUUCCGAAUCCUCGCACACAAAAGCCAGACAGCGGUACACCACCGUACCUGGCAAAAGCUGGACUGGCGCUGCAGCGUUUAUAUCGACUCUACACUCCACCGCGCGACCAGUUGGUCGUCAUGUAUCUCAUCCGCCAUCCAGAUAUGCACAACAUGCUCGCUACCCUGGCAGCAGUGACUAAACACGAAUGGGAGAUUCUGGUUUCUGGUCGCUUUGAUGGGUUCCUUUGGUCAGGUGUUGAGGAUAUGCCUGAUAUGAACACGACCCCUCCCAGGACUGGCUCGAGAGCAGGCCGGCCCAUUGACGGGCCGCAACGGUUUGCAUCACCCGCAACUCCCAAUCGAUACGGCAACUUCAGCCCCAGUCCAUACUCUCGACCAGGAUCCGCCCGCCCUGGGUCUGUCCGCCCGCCUGGUGGAGCCCCUGUGCAGAUCGAUGAAGAGACUGAAAUUGCCGUGCUUGCCGAGAUCGAGCGAGAGAUCUACCUUGGUAUGGAAGCCAUGGAAGACGCAUUCGAGCAGCUUCACAACCAAGCCGAGGGUGUGCGCCGUCGUCUGCGCGAGCGCGCGGCAGCUUUGUCAAUGGUAGCGCAGCAACGUAGGGGCGCCGGAAUUGGUGGCAUUGAAGUCAGAACUGACACACCAGCCAACAUGCGCGAUCCUGAUGAAGGCGUCGAUGAUCUGAGGAGCGAGAUUGGACCGGACGACUCGGCUAGCAAUGUCAGCAACAACAGGAGAAGGAAAGCACACCGUGCACGCGAACGAAGAACACCAGCACCGGUUGAGGAGGAGAGCGAAGAGGAUGUUGCGCUCGCAGAGAGGAUACGCAGACGUUUCUAA